UGAGUAGGGUUUGUGUAGUAUUUUCUCAACCGUGGUUUUAUUAUGUCAUCCUUUCACCCAUUCACGUUGGCUGAAUAAGUAGGGCCCACUAUGACCCCAAUAUUGGGCCCACUUUCCACAGCCGACAGAUUGGUAAGGCCCAGUGUGAGCUCAAUCUUUGCUCGCUUUACGGACCGAGCAGCAGUACGUGUAUGUCUGAUGUCUGUCUUUGAAGCUAAGUAAAAGUCUUUGAUGAAUUAUAACCGUUACUUCCCAAUGUGAAUACAAAAAUAGGAAAGCUUUUUUAAAUUUUCAACCGUUGGGAUGUCUGAAAAUUUCCCAUUUGAAAAAUUUUAGAAAGGCCAGUUAAUAUUUGAGUAUUGAGCCACGGUUGUGAAAAGUAAACAGAUUGUGGGGUUUCGUUCGGUAAUAUUGGAUUAGAUUUUAGGUGCAGCUGAGGGGUCACUUUCUGAUAUGGAAAAUGGCAGCUUUCAGAGAGGUGGCUGAUGGGUUUGUUUUGAGUUUACCAUUUUCCAAUCCAUGUUUUCAUGAGCCCCAUUUGUCUCUUUCCACGCUAUUUGUGUCACAUGUCCUUUCGGCAUUGUCCAUUUUCUAGAUUUACUCCAUCAUUUGUGACGGGAUUGCGUAUGUUAGACCUUUCUGGUCUUUGUUAUAUUGGGUUUGCUGUGCUCCAGUUUGUGUACUUGUACUCAUGUUUGAACUCUGAAGGAGGGAGUUGCGAUUGUUUUGAGUAAUUUGAGCUCAAUGCUUGUUACUUUUCACUUUGUAUUUUGUAAGUCAAGGGUAAUGAUAAUUACAAGUGCAGAAAACCAUGGUGGAGAAAUCAAGGUUAGGAUAAAUGAAGUUCCAAGUGAAGGUUGCCCUUGCCUGUGUGAUAACCUUGAUCGUGAUUCAGCAAGGUGUUUGCGCAGAUGAGGUUUCCGGUUCAUGGAAUGCGACUGACUGGACAUGUAGAUGCUCAUAUCAAGGAAACGUGAGCUACACUCUAGAACCUUACUGUUCAGCAUCCUGUAAUUGCAGUAAGGAUGCUGGAAGUAAUACUACAUGGACAUGCAUAUGUGCUGCCAAUGGGCUUCCUAAAGUCGCAGCUGACGGUCAUGAUCCUAAUUGUUUUACAGCCUGCAACUGCACUUAUGGAUCUCUCAAUGCAGCACAGCCUUCAAAAAAUCAUUUUUCGAGCAAAGUUGUUGUGAUUAUUCUUUUAGCAUGUGUCAUACUCACAACCCUGGCUUUUAUUUCCUCGGUGGCAUGCUACUUCUGCCGAAGGGCUAAGUGCUCUAUUCAAGCGCCAAUAUUUUCGCCUGAUAAGGAAUCAAGUUGCAAUAGUGCUUCCAACUUAAUUAGCUAUAAGAGUUCCUCAUUGUUUGAGACCAAAAUCAAUAUGGAUUCCCCCAUCAGUAAAGGCACAGGAACUGCUAUAACUAUUCUGUUUCAUUUAACAGGCUGCUUUACCUCUUGCAUAUUGAGGAGCAAACCCCGAGCUACACCUGGAGCAAUUGUUCAAUUUUCAUAUUUUGAACUGGAAAGUGCAACCAAUAAGUUUUCAGAUUCCAAUCUAAUAGGACUUGGUGGAAGCAGCUAUGUCUAUCGUGGCCAGCUCAAUGAUGGCGAAGUUGUGGCAGUUAAGCGUCUAAAAGCUUUGAAAGGGCCAGACAUGGACUCUGUCUUUUUAACAGAGAUUGAAAUGUUAGCCAGACUUAAUCAUUUUAAUGUGGUGCCUUUGCUUGGCUACUGCUUUGAAACCCAUGGAAAAAAUGUUGAGAGGUUAUUGAUAUUUGAGUACAUGGAUAACGGUAACCUGAGAGAUUGUUUGGAUGGGGAUGAAGGGAAAAACAUGGAUUGGGUCACUCGAGUUUCAAUUGCCAUUGGAGCUGCAAGGGGUUUGGAAUAUCUCCAUGAAGCAGCUGCUCCAAGAAUUCUGCAUCGAGAUGUCAAAUCCACAAACAUUCUUCUGGAUGAAAAUUGGCAAGCAAAAAUAACUGAUCUUGGUAUGGCGAAACGUUUAAAAGCUGAUGGUGUCCCUAGCACAUCUAGUUCUCCAGCAAGAAUGCAGGGGACUUUUGGUUAUUUUGCACCGGAAUAUGCUAUUGCUGGAAGAGCAUCUCUUGAGUCAGACGUUUUCAGUUUUGGCGUAGUUCUUCUUGAGCUUAUCACUGGUCGGAAGCCCAUCCAUAAAUCAACCACUAAGGGAGAAGAAAGCCUUGUCAUAUGGGCUAUGCCUCGUUUACUGGAUAGUAGGCGAGUAAUCACAGAGUUGGCGGAUCCAGAUUUAAAUGGAAACUUCCCAGAAGAGGAGAUGCAGAUAAUGGCUUACUUGGCAAAAGAAUGUCUACUGUUGGAUCCUGAUGCUAGACCAAACAUGAGUGAGGUUGUCCAAAUCCUUUCAACUAUUUCACCAGAGAGAUCUAAAAGGAAAAACUUUUCUGUAAAUCUUUUUCAGCACAUAGGCAUGGAUGGCCAUAAAGAUGCUGAGGAGAUAAGGCGAGCGAAAUCCAGUAAAGGUUCAGUUCGGUGUUCACUGCCACUGGACAUUGACCGUAACCUAUGUGCUGAAAGAGACACGCAUUCUGUUUCAGAUAAUAUGGAGAGAUUGAUCCUCUUGACUUCAAAUGCCAGGAGUUGUCGUGCCAACGAUAUUGAGACAGUGGAUUUAACUGAGCCCAGGUUGGAGUCUUUUUGCGUAACAAAUGGUAAGCCCCCAUGACCAGAGCAAACUUGAAGCAAACGGAUAGGAAGGAAACCAGAUGCUAAGCUUAUUUCAGAUACUUGUUUGUGGUUGGUUGCUCAAAGAAAUCACGAGGAAGCAGCGGGUUUCUGAAGAUUUGUUCCUCUAUACUUUUUUCUUUGAAGAAAAUCAUAGUUGUGUAUUUGUUUGGUUGUUGUACAGAAAUCAUAGCUCCAAAAUAUGUUAGGAGAUGAAAAGGAGUAAUUCAGUAAAUGCAAA